CGGGGCGGGCAGCGUGAGGCGCCUUGGGGUGAACGAAGCCUGGGCUGAGCUUUCCCUGGUUCCGGCGCGGGGCUCACCAGGAACUAGGAACAAGAUUUGGGAGGGCACCUCGGUCCCCCUCCUUUUCCCGGCCUCAGAACUUCUCCCUCGGCCAGCGACCCCAGACACCCCGUCAAGCUGUCUGACACACACAUUUUUCUGGCCUUUCAAAGGGAGUAGCAGGGGCUCCCCAUUUUAGAGAUGGGAAAACCGAGGCUGAGCCAAGUAAGGGGACAAAGAGGAGCAGACUCUUGUCUCAAGCUCAGCCGCUUGCUGGAUUCAAAGCCUCUUGGAAGAACAGGGAGCAAAGCGCAGAGGUUGAGAAGGAAGAGAGCUGGGGCCAGUGUUCCCAGCUGCCCUCUUCGUGCUGGAGGUGCAGGUCAGCAGGAGCUCCUGGGGCAGGCACAGGUGAGUGGAGAAGCAAACAGUGCAGGAGCAUACAGUCCCUGCUGAGUUUGAGGGUGACGGGAGAAGAGAGAAGCCUCAGGAGACAGGGCCUAACCCUAAAACCCCCCACCUCGGGAGGAAAUGCAGUGGCUUGGGCUUAGGGGGUCAUUCAGGCACCACACAUCCCUGAGAGAGCCACACACACAGACCGUCCCAUUCACACACCUGCACAGAGCGUGCACACACCAUUCUCAUCGAGGUGAUGUGUCCAAGCCUCGAAAGCUAGUAACUGACUCGAGCUACAAAUCCAUGCUCUCUUCCCUCAUGUGCUGGCCCCUGGGGGUGCAGGAAGAGAGGUUCCAGACCACGCUCACUCUCAAUCCCCUGUUCUUGGCAGAGGAAAGGGUCAAAUCUAGGACAGAGCAAGACAGCCUUGUCAUGGGAAGAUGGGUGAAGCCUCGCUCUGGAAGGACAGCUUUAGGGCCUCCCUGACUCCCAGGCCUCUUCUCUUUCCCAAGCCUGGGACCUACCAGCCCCACCAUGAUAUGCCCUGAUUCCAACUCCAAAGCAGAUUUUGGAGGAAAAACAGCAGGAAGCACUUCUAAGGAGUUAGAGGAGCGUUCCUGAGGAUGGGGCAGCUGUCUCAGCAGCACCCCAGGCCCAGAAACAGAGCCGAGAGUGGCAGGAAGCUAAGAGGGGCAUUGGGAUCCUGGAGCCUCAGACUCUCGGAACUGCAGAUCCCCACACGUGCCGGCAUCCACACAAGCACACAGCAGGCAGCAGAGCCGCAGACGUGCCAGACUGCAUCCUCGGACGGGCUGGCAGCCGGGUUCUUUGUGAACUUCCCCUCGGCCAAGCAGUACUUCAGCCAGUUCAAGCACAUGGAGGAUCCCCUGGAGAUGGAGCGGAGCCCCCAGCUGCGGAAGCAUGCCUGCCGGGUCAUGGGGGCCCUCAACACUGUGGUGGAGAACCUGCAUGACCCCGACAAGGUGUCCUCUGUGCUUGCCCUCGUGGGGAAGGCCCACGCCCUCAAACACAAGGUGGAGCCGGUGUACUUUAAGAUCCUCUCUGGGGUCAUUCUGGAGGUGAUCGCCGAGGAAUUUGCCAAUGACUUCCCACCUGAGACGCAGAGAGCCUGGGCCAAGCUGCGUGGCCUCAUCUACAGCCACGUGACCGCUGCCUACAAGGAAGUGGGCUGGGUGCAGCAGGUCCCCAACGCCACCACGCGCAGCUCCUGGAGAAGGUCCCCUGAGGGCAGCUGGGGACGUCAGGCCUCCUGCCCUUCCUGCUGCUGACCACACUGGCCCGGGGCUGGCUCCUGCACCCCUCCCCCUUCUCCCGUCAGCACCACCCCAAGAGAAUGGAGUCCUCGGGAACUGCUGGCCACAGCCGAGCCAACUCCAGAUGUGCACAGCUGGGCCCUGGCCUGCCUGAAACCCGGAGUCAAUGGGAAACAAGCAGAUGUUGGCCCACCAGAGGAGGGCACUGGCAGAGAGUGGAGAGCUGGGGAUGCCCCCUCGCCCCCCACCAGCUGUCACUCAGAGGGUCCAGGGAAGAGACAGGGGAAAAGGGGGAGAGGCGAGGGGGUUUGCCCUCCCACCCCUCUCCCCAGGCAGGCUCUGCUGCCAAAGAUGAGCUUGUUUACAGCCAGGACACAAGACUUCCUGCUUCCAGAGAAACGGGCUUUUUUACAAGGGCUAAGAGGGACUGGAAAGAGAGCUGGCUGGGCGAGAGCCCCAGUGAAUCAGAAACACAUGGCCCGGCUCCCCACACGCUGCCCACCCUGCCCUCCCCACCCUGCCCUGGGACCUCCAUCUCCAAACCCCACACAUUAGGAAAGUGCCGAAGUCUCCUCCUUCUCCCUCUUCUGCUCCUUGUGGACUAAAUGGAGAUGGGCUACCGUGGACACUGGCACCCCAUGGGGCUUAGCGCCCAGCGGUCAAGUGCUGGGGUUGUCCCCUCGCCCCUUUACAUCCUCUAGCCCACUCCUAGGGCCCCUGGCCUGGGCCUGCAGAGCCUCCCUGCUGCCAGGGUCCCCAUGGGCUCGAGGGCAGGACAGAGUUACAGGGCAGAGUCCUAGAAGGCCCUUGCCUAACUUCUCUUAUCAGGAAGGCAGGAGUGGGCCAGGCGCCACUGUUUAUUGAGCCGUCUCUGCUUCAGGGUGUGCGCCUUUGCGUGGGCGGGCGGGGGUGUAUGCAUGAUUGCAGCGGGGGCUGCGUGAACCAAGAAUAUGAGAAUACACGUGGUGGCCCCAGGAGGGACGAGACAGGCCGGACAGAACUCGCCAUGCUUCAGAAUUAAUGGAAAAAGAGCUCACGUUGGUAUGGUGCUUUGCAGUUUGUGAAACAUUUUUUUGCUCAGUUUAUGCACAAGACAGACAUUAUUCGCGUUUUAGAGAAAAAGAUCCAGAGUUCCCAUGGGCCAACAGACUUGCCUGAGAUCACAGCAGGUUCGGAGCAGGACACAGAAUGCAAUCUCACAGUUGCUUUCAACCACACUGUGCUGGGUCUCCUGGCAGGAAGUGAGCCUCGCCAGCCCCAGGUCCCUUUCCCCCCAGGGUCCUUCCUGCCUCUGGUAACCUAUAUCCUUCCCUUCCUAUCUCGUCCACAGCCCACCGGCCACACUGCCCUCUUCGGGGCCGUAGGACCCCUCCCUCCACCCCCCUCCCUGGCAGCACCUUGAGCAGAAGGCCGAGUUCUGAAGACCCUCCUUGACAACCAAGGAAGCUGGAGGAAUCCCUGACUCGACUUCCCCGAAGGAGGCCUCUGCGGCGGCCAUGGCCCCCCCGGAGCUGCUGGGAGGCAGCGCUGGCUGCCUGGAUGCUGACCCCAGCGUGGCGGGCGGGUGGGGGACCCUUCCUCCUCGCAGAGCGGGGCCCACUCUUAGCUUUUCUACUCACUGUUAGAGAGAGACCUAGCUGUGUGGCUGGCGGGGCUCAGGACAGGUCUAGGAGUCCCUUGGGGAAUAAACCAGCCCCGUUUCUAUCAGCCCAGCCGGCACACAAGUCUCCAUAUCACCAUCUAGAGUAUCACGCACACAUCUACCAUAUAUACAGAUAUAUUCUAUAUAUGAGCUAUAUAUAAAUAUAUAUAUACAUAUAUAUACACACGUACAUAUCUAGAAUGUGUAUCUGCAGGGCCCAGAAGCCUCGGUUCUGCCCACCUGUGAGUGGGGCAGGGAGGAGUUCCCGUUGCGCAGAGAACAGUGUUCUGGCAGAAAGGAAGUCCCACAGCGGCGCAGAGGACCUGGGCCUGGAGGGGCAGGGCUGGGGCAACCCGGCUUGGCAGCAAAGUCCAGCCCCUUCUCAGACCAGCUCCCCACAUUCCUGCAUUCCACUUCCAGGCAGAAAGGAAGGGGCUCCCCCCACUCCCCCAGAGGAACUGACUCACCAAUUGCCCGAGAAUGGGUUGGCGCAUUCUGGACGGGCUGACCGCACUGGGGGAGGGGCCUCAGUCCAGAAACUUGGACCGCCAGCUCCACCUGCCUUGGCCACCAGAGCAGCCCCAGGGGAUCCGGGCUGCUGGGCAGCAGGUCGGUGGGACCACAUCCCUGGGUCUCAUCCUCAGUUCUGAGGGCCGAGGGCCUUCCCCACCCCAUCCUCCUCCUGGCCAGUGGUCGGCCCUGUCUAUUCAUCUGUGUCAGCCUUGUCGGGGGAGGGGGACCCCCCCAAGUGUGCCCCUUGGUCACAUGUAUUGUCUUCAAGGAUGUUUUGCUGCUGUGGCUACUAUGCCUGUGUCCCCUCCUGUCCCAUCUUCAGGCUGUCAUCUGUGUAACUGCCUGUCUUCCUUUUCUAGUUUCUGAUGUUUGUAACCAGACCCAGCUGUGUCAUUAAACAGACCCGUUCUUGCUGUA